CCCCACCACCCCGACCCUAUCACCCAACCCCACCAUCACUCCCACGUGGUCCACUCGAGUUCACCCGAGGGCUGCCCUAAAGGGGCUGUAGGGGAGCGGGGCCGAGCGCGACCACAAAGGAGACCCCAGAGACUCCACACCCCCAACCCAGCCGGUCCCUCCGAGCCCCCCCAGUGCUCCCAGUCCUCCCAGUAAGACCCGGCAGAGGGCACCAGUAAGCCCAGUUUGCUGCCUCCCACCCCCCCGUGCCGGCAGCGGGUGGAGGAAGGGGAGGAGGAGGAGGAGGCGAGGGCCGGAGCCGGGGCCGGGGGGAUUUAAGGCCGCUGCACCCCCCGCCUCCUCCGCUCCGCGCCCGGGAGGGACCCGAGAUUGCGCCCAACUUUGUGUCCCCGUGUGGCUUUCUCCUGCCCAUUCCUCAAGAGGAGCACCAAAAGGGCACGAUGAAGGCUUUCCUCCUCACCCUCCUGGCCCAACUCUGCUCGGCAUCGCUGGUCCCCGAGAGGGAGAAGGACCCUGAGUACUGGCGGCAGCAGGCGCAGGAGACGCUGCGGAACGCACUGCGGCUGCAGCACCUCAACCAGAACGUGGCCAAGAACCUCAUCCUCUUCCUGGGCGACGGUAUGGGCGUCUCCACCGUGACAGCCGCGCGCAUCCUCAAGGGCCAGCUGCAGCACCGCAAGGGCGAGGAGAGCCUGUUGGAGAUGGACAAGUUCCCCUAUGUCGCCCUGGCCAAGGUGAGCCCGGAGGCGGGCACUGCAAGGUCACUGGCGGGCAGGCGGCAUCGAGCGGAGCUGAAAUUAGGUCAUGGGCGGCGAGCGGCACUGGCUGGUGUCCUGUACCCAGUGCUGUGCCAGGGCUCACCCACGGGAACAGGGGGGCCAGGACCCCUCCUCUCCUCCUGGGGCUGUUUUGCUGGAGAAAAGGCUCCUUUUGUUGUUAAGUCACAAGCCCCCACCCCUUCUUUCAGUCUGUCCCUGCAGGGGAUGCUCGUGGCAGUGCAAAGAUUGGGGGCUUUUCUCUGGUUCCCUAAAAAUGAGGUGAAAAAGGUACGCCCGGGAUUUUCCCUACAGGUGAUCCUGGGGGGUGGGCGCAAGUACAUGUUCCCCAAGAAUGUCAGCGAUGUGGAGUACCCGCAGGAGGAGCGGCACCGCGGCACUCGCCUGGACCGCAGGGACCUGGUGCAGGCGUGGCGCGACGCCAAGCCCGCGGGGAAGGUCGCCAAGUACGUGUGGCACCGGAGGGAGCUGCUGGCGCUGAACCUCAGCCGCGUUGACUUCCUGCUGGGUCUCUUUGAGCCGGGGGACAUGGUGUACGAGCUGGACAGGAACAACGAGACCGACCCGUCGCUCAGUGAGAUGGUGGCCGUGGCCAUAAGGAUGCUGCAGAAAAACCCGCGGGGCUUCUUCCUGCUGGUGGAAGGCGGCCGCAUCGACCACGGGCACCACGAGGGGAAGGCCAAGCAGGCGCUGCAUGAGGCGGUGGAGCUGGACCGCGCCGUGGGGCUGGCAGGGCACCUCACCUCCCCCCAUGACACGCUCAGCGUCGUCACCGCCGACCACUCGCACGUCUUCACCUUCGGCGGUUACACCCCGCGCGGGAACCCCAUCUUCGGGCUGGCCCCGAUGCAGAGCGACGUGGACCGCAAACCCUUCACCUCCAUCCUAUACGGCAACGGCCCCGGCUACAAGAUCGUGGGGGGCGAGCGCGAGAACGUCUCCGCCGUGGAUUUUGCUCACGCCAACUACCAGGCGCAGGCGGCCGUCCCGCUGCGGCAGGAGACUCACGGCGGCGAGGACGUGGCGGUGUUCGCCCGCGGCCCCAUGGCGCACCUCCUGCACGGCGUGCACGAGCAGAACUACAUCCCCCACGCCAUGGCCUACGCCGCCUGCAUCGGCCCCAACCGCGCGCACUGCAGCUCUGCCGCCCGCCCCACCGCCCCCACCGCGCUCCUGCCCGGCCUCCUCCUCCUCCUCCUCCUCCUCCUCCUCUGCUAAAGCAAAGCGGCUUUGGGGAGGGG